CUUCCAGGCAUGUUCUCUGAGGGAGUGCCUCCUGUGGGUGCUUUCUCAUUCCACUCGCCCCUGCUCAAGCCGUUCUUACUCCGCAGGAACCUGCGCGUCCUCGACCUAUCUUUAAGAGACCACUGCAUCACCUAUGACGAUUGUCUGGGAACAACAUGUCCUUCUGAUUCGUUUCUGUGUUUCCAGUUUGCAGCGCCCAAUUCGGAGCCCAGCAAACUCUCAGUAGAGUGAAUUUAACAAACAAAAACCCAACUCUGGACGAAGACGGCCAAAGACUCAGUUGUUCUAACGAUCAAAAUAAACAUUCCUUCGAGAUUAUGCAUCGAGUUUUAAACUCCCCACUGGAGAAAAAAAGGUUGAUCAACUCUAACAAAUGAGAUGCCACAGUGAACCUGUAGGCAGGUGAAAUGAGCACUGGAAGGGGAGUCAGAGCUGCCUCUUACCCGCUCUGAAGACCUGGCCUCUUGAUCUCGCCUCCAGUUGGUUUUGUGGGGCCUGGGAACCUGCCAACGUUAGACUGUGCUGCAUCUCAGAGCACAGAACACUAGUCCGAGAAGACAAUUGGGCCGAACCAGUGUCAGAACUUCCACUGCCUGACACCAGCACCAUCAGGGAUGAACCGUCCUCACCCGAUUCUCCUCUGCUCUUGACAGCUCACCUCUCCUCAGGUGUUUUGGUGUAUACCUAGAAGUGGAUCAUAUGAAGAGAAGAGAGGGAGGGUGGCCACCUUGAUCCAGCUGAAGCAUCUCCAGGAGGCUGCCUCUGGAUGCCACGUCAAGGCCGCCUGUCAGCCACAGCCAGGAGCUGGUGACCACCGAGCACACGGAGAUGGCUUUGCUCAGCAACAUCCUAGCAGCCUAUUCCUUUGUCUCAGAAAAUCCUGAGCGAGCAGCUCUGUACUUUGUGUCUGGCGUGUGCAUUGGGCUGGUCCUCACUCUGGCUGCCUUGGUGAUAAGGAUCUCUUGCCACACAGACUGCCGGCGGCGUCCCGGGAAGAAGUUCCUGCAGGACAGAGACAGCAGCAGCGACAACAGCGACAGCGAGGAUGGCAGCUCGGACACGGCAUCGGACAUCUCCGUCCGGCGACACCGCCGCUUUGAGAGGACUUUGAACAAGAACGUCUUCACCUCGGCGGAGGAGCUGGAGCGCGCCCAGCGGCUGGAGGAGCGGGAACGCAUCAUCAGGGAGAUCUGGAUGAAUGGCCAGCCCGAGGUGCCCGGGACCCGCAGCCUCAACCGCUACUACUAGGGGCGGGAGCGGGAGCCGCUGUCCCAGGGCUGGGAGCCGCCUGGAAGGGGCAAAGUUCUGCAGGGGGGAGGGGACGGGUUGCUCCAAAGAGCCAGCCCCCAUUCUGCUCACUUACCGCGGCCGAGAAAAAGCAGGGCAUACCCAUUUUAGCCAGGAGGACUGAUUUCUCCUUUUUGACUAAAUUUAUGGAGAAGUACAAAACCCAUUUUGGUUCAUCAUCCUUUCCAGGUCUUGGAAUGGUGCUGAAAAACCCUCUCCAACAAUGUGGAUGGAGACUAGAGAAACAGAACUGUGGUUUCUCUUGAUUUCUGAGGAUCUCAGAUGUUUCUGCAGACUUCAUUGCCAUGAGUAAUUCCUUUACAAAAGGAAACCUUAUCAGAGCCUGUGGGCUAGGAAUAGCAGGGUGAACUUAACCCAGCAAAUGCAAUUUUCUUAAUGACUCCAUGCUAUGGAGGUGAUUCUGACCCAGCAAGUAUGAUCCAUGCUUAUUAUUUAAGGCUAAUUUUUAAAAUCGUGUUGCAAUGGUAACCUUGUCCAUUUUAACUGGCACCUCAGGGAUUAAAAUCCUAUUUUUUUUUUUUUAAGUAUAGUUCCCACCUCAUUCAUGAAGAUGAGUAGAAUUAUUGUAUUAUGGGUGAUGUGUCAGUGAACUAGAAAAUGUCAAUAACCUCAAAGGAUGAAGGGUUUUAUUUUAAAUAGUAUAUAAAAUAACUAUUACCAUCAUAUUUGAAAAUACUGCACAAGUAUAAAAGCUGUGGGUUUUCCCCCCCAUUGGAAGAGAAGAAAGUUAUGACUCUAGAUAAUCAUAAUUUUAAAUAUUUUGUUUAAAAAUUUUGGAUUUCCCAGAAAAGGAUAGGAAUGGGAGUUGAGAAAUCAAGCCAAAAUUAGGAUGGAAUAAUAAAUAAAUAUUACA